AUGUCUGAUGCACCAUUGCAGCUGCAGCAGCAGCAGCAGCAGCUUCUUGUACUUCUCCUUACAUCUAUCAGAUCACAAAUAAGUGUCUCCUCCAAGCAAGGCGUUCGCGUCCGCAAUGAUUCUAACCGGAGUCGUCGUCUCACCGGAAUCUCACCCGGAGUCUCCCGUACCCUAGAGAGGUCACUUCGGAAAAAAUCUGUCCUUUACCCCGAUCUCUAUGGCCGACAGAUCGCAGCGCGUACGCGCUUUGUCCUGCGGAAAGGUCGCGCGGCGGACAUGACGCCAACCGACGAAAGACGCCGAAAAACGGUGGAGCCUCAGGCGGCAUGUCUUAGAUUUAGCGGGAUGGACUGGCGGCCGGUGGAGAGUGGUAAAUGCCAGUGGCCCCCGAAGGCUAAAAAUCGGAUUUUAGCUGAUCAUUAUUAUUGGUGUUAUGAUGAAGAUAGUGGCUAUAAUAUGACGAGUCGACAAACUUUUUUCGAUCGUCCACGAAAACACACGAAGGCGAAGCGGAAUUUCUUUAAGCGCAAACCAAUUUUCAAGAGCUUUAAACCAAUCAGUAUUAUCAGUGCCAAAAAAUAUGUAAAUGUUCAACCGUGGUGCCAAUUUACACGCAAAAAAUAUGUCAAUGACAGACUUCCAAAACUAAUUGUAAGCGGUGAUACUGCAAAAAUUGUCAGUGUCAUUUUAGCAGAAAAUUCGGUCAAUGACAGAUAUCAAAAGUUAAAUAUAGAUAAUGACACACCAAAGAUCUUGGAAAGUUCAAUCAGUGACAGACGUCAAAACAAAAAUGUCAUUUUACCUAAAAAACCGGUCAGUGACAGGUGUCAAGAUAUAACUGUAGACAAUGACACUGUAAAAGUCCUAGAAAAAUCAACCAGUGACAGAUGUCAAAAGUUACUUGUGGACAAUGACGCUGUAGAAAUCAUUAGUGACAGAUGUCAAAAAUCACUUGUGAACAAUGAUACUAACAAAAUCGUCAGUGACAGAUGUCAAAAGUUACUUGUGGACAAUGACACUGUCAAAAUCGUCAGAGACAGAUGUCAAAAAUCGCUCAGUGAUACUGUCAAAAUUAUCAGUGACAGAUGUCAAAAAUUAAAUGACACUGUAGAAAUCGUUAGUGACAGAUGUCGAAAAUCACUUGUGAACAAUGACACUGUAAAUAUCAUCAGUGACAGAGGUCAGAGUUUGUUUGUAAACAAUGCCACUGUAAAAGUCCUGGAAAAAUCAAUCAGUGACAGAUGUCAAAAAUCACUUGUGGACAAUGAUACUGUCAAAAUCGUUAGUGACAGAUGUCACAAAUCACUUGUGAACAAUGACACUAUCAAAAUCGUCAGUGACAGAUGUCAAAAAUCACUUGUGAACAAUGACACUGUAGAAAUCAUUAGUGACAGAUGUCAAAAAUCGCUUUUGAACAAUGAUACUGUCAGAAUCGUCAGUGACAGAUGUCAGAAAUCGCGUGUGGACAAUGAUACUGUCAAAAUCGUCAGUGACAGAUGUCAAAAAUUGCUUGUGAACAAUGAUACUGUAGAAAUCGUUAGUGACAGAUGUCAAAAGUUACUUGUAGGCAAUGACACUGUAAAAAUCCUGGCAAAAUCAAUCAGUGACAGAUGUCAGAAUAUAAUUGUAGCAAAUGACGACACUGUAGAAAUCGUUAGUGACAGAUGUCAAAAGUCACUUAUGAACAAUGAUACUGUAGAAAUCGUUAAUGACAGAUGUCAAAAAUCGCUUGUGGACAAUGACAAUGUAGAAAUCGUUAGUGACAGAUGUCAAAAAUUACUUGUAGGCAAUGACACUGUACAAAUCCUGGCAAAAUCAAUCAGUGACAGUUGUCAGAAUAUAAUUAUAGCCAAUGACACUGUAGAAAUCGUUAGUGACAGAUGUCAAAAAUCACUUUAUCACAAAAGUGUCAUUUUUGCCGAAAAAUCGAUCAGUGACAGACUUCAAAACGUGACAGAAAACCAAAAGUAUGUGUCUCUAAUCAGUGACACAUGUCAUCGACAAUCUGUCAGUGAAAAACAAGAUGACAAUUACUGUGACGAAAUGUAUAAGGAGAAUCGCGUCUCCACCGUACUCCGCCAAAAGUCGGUCACCUUAUCAUCAUCAUCGUCGUCGGUCAAUUCCGUUCUAAAUGACAUCGAUGUCGGACCGAUUCCAAAUCGUCGUAUUGUAUAUAAUCCCCGCGUUCGCGUUAAAUGUGCCAAAACAACACUUAAUGUUAAUUGUGAUUAUAAAAGUGUAAAUAAAACUUUAAUUAAGUUUAAGUUAGAAACUUUAAGUAUAUACUUUUUAAUCAGUGCUUUAAUUGACGUGAUUCUCGGAAGAGGCAGCACGAGAGGAAGCGGUGGAGCAGCAAAAUCGAGGAGCAGCAACUUUUUGCCGUGGCUUUGCUGUUUUUUGCUGCUUGGAAUGUGCUGCCAGGUCGACGCAAAUGGAGGUGAGGUGGAGCGAUUGCUUCGGGAAUAUAGACAGAACCAAGAACUGGUGCGAAAUAUUGGAGCCCACUAUUACCAGAUAAUUUAUCCUGUUCAAUUGAGACAUCACGAAAAAAUGGGAAUAUCUACGAGGGAAAUUGGAUCUACAAAGUUGUCACAAAGGACACAUCAGGAUGGAGGAAAUUAUCAAGGUGGAACACGUGGCAGGUCGAGGACUGGUAAACACUUUCAUAGGACGUCCCUACUCAUCAAGGCAUUUAAUCACAAAUUUCGGCUCGACUUGGAACUGAACACGCAAUUACUGGCGCCCAACAUAAUUCAGAAACAUUUCUUGGCGACAGGGGCGGAGCAGGAGUCCAGACAGGAAAUCGAGCAUUGUUACUAUCACGGAACUGUCAAAGAUUACCCCGGAGCCUCCGCCGCUUUUCACACCUGCAACGGAGUCUCCGGAGUCAUUCAUGUCGGAAACGAAACUUUUGUCAUACAUCCAUUUUACGGCGGAGACUUAUCGCAGAAACAUCCCCAUGUCAUCUUCGAGGCCAGGACGAAGGCGAACAAAGGCUGCGCAAAUUCAGGAAGGAUGGAACUGCGCGGGAGCAGGAGAGACCAGAAAUUUUACAUUGGGGUUUUUAAAAUAAAUUUUUUUUUAGCUUCAAGAUCCCGACGUGACGUGAGAGAAGCAACUAAAUACAUAGAAACUGCUCUGGUGAUCGAUAAAGCAAUGUUCGACAAGAGAAAUGGAAGCACCAGGGCCGAAGUGGUGCACGAUGCCAUACAAGUGGCCAACAUUGCAGAUCUGUAUUUUCGAACUCUGAACACUCGAGUAUCAGUCGUCUAUGUGGAGACUUGGCAAGGAUCAGACCAGGCUGUUUUAGAUAGAAAUCAGGAUAUUAGCAGGGCUUUGUAUAAUUUCAACGACUACACGUCCAGGAAUCUCUAUAAAGUCGAAAAAGACACUACACAACUACUAACUGGUGAGACUUUUCUCGGUGGUGAAUCAGGAAUGGCAGAACCCAGGACAGUCUGCACCCCAAAAUCUGUUGGAAUAAGUGUCGAUAUAAACACCUACGAACCACAUCUUUUGGCUGGUACUGUCGCCCAUAUGAUCGGACACAAUAUUGGAAUGGGGCAUGAUGAUGGACGUGAGCAGUGUUUCUGCAGAGAUUGGCACGGUUGUAUAAUGGCUCAGAGUAUUGUUGGUCUCGAGAAUGUUCAGCCUUACAAGUUCUCAGAGUGUUCUCGAAGCGAUUACAUCAAGGCUUUGAGACAAGGCGAUGGGAUGUGCCUGAUGAACAAACCAAACGAGUUGGAAGUUCAUCGAAACUGUGGUAACGGCGUUGUCGAAGAUGGUGAAGAAUGCGAUUGUGGUCUGAUAUCGGAAUGUGAAGCCACAGAUCCUUGUUGUGAUGCCAUCACUUGCAAACUCAAAAAAGAAGCCGAAUGUGCUGCCGGACCAUGUUGUGAUAACUGCAGGUUGGUCGCUCCUGGAACAAUAUGCAGGCACCCAGUGGACGAGUGUGAUCUUCCUGAACAUUGCACUGGAGAAUCUGGGGCUUGUCCCAAAGACGUCCACAUGAGGGACGGAGUUCCUUGUGGUGGCAGUGAUCAAGCACCAACAGCCUUUUGUUUUGCUGGUGUCUGUCCCACCUUGGCAGCCCAAUGUAGUGCCGUUUGGGGCUACGGAGCAACUCCUGCAGGAUCCGAGUGCUACGAACAAUUCAAUUCUAGGGGCUCCUUAAGUGGACAUUGUGGCUACGAUUCAAAUACAGAUGGAUACGUCAAAUGUGCACGAGAUCACGUUCGUUGUGGAUCUUUGCAAUGCAGCAUGGGUACGAGACAUCCUGUCCUGGACGGAAUGGUUAACCAGUCCAAAACUAUUAUCAGUAUCAAGGGAAUUGAGUACGAGUGCAAGACUUCCAGUGGUCGUCCAGAUUCCUCUCAGUCUUCGACGUCGAUGCUGGGCCUGGUUCGAGACGGCACCAGCUGCGGAACCGGAAAAAUGUGCCUGAACCAGACCUGUGUCCGGGUUCCUCCGAGCAUUAUGGGCCGUGGCAACUGUCCGGUAGGACUCAUCAAUAACCAGCAGAGCGAUCCGGGAAAGGGCGACAGCGAUCAGGAGUGCUCCGGAAACGGGGUGUGCACCAACAUGGAUAAAUGUUACUGUUACCCUGGCUGGAGGGGCGCCGAUUGUUCCGAAAGGGAUGAUUUGAGUUUGCUCAAGGGCGGCGCAACCGGAGGCUCCGGAGGGUCUGAACAGAAGCCCCCGGAGAUUGAAAUGAAAAUGGAAAAGAAAGAGACUGCAUACGAGAAUUACCACGGUUCCAACACUGUAUUUCUAGUAGGGAUGCUGAUGUCUGUGGUUGGAGGGGUUUUCGUAACAUUCGCCCUAAUGGCACUUUGCUACAGAUCAGUCGUUGUUCACAAAAAUUUCGCCUUGUGCCUAAGAAGAAAAAGCACCUCCAUGCCCGCCUACCGGACGGAUCCUCCGUACGCCAAAAAGAUGGCAGUUAGCCGCCACCAUUCCGGUUCCGGAGGCGGAGGCGACCAGCAGCACAUGGGAGGCUCCGGAGGCCACCAGCACGGAGGCAUGCAGCCAGGAGACCACAGGGCGAUGUCCAGGGAGGACCUGGCAGCGUCCCUAGAUGGCGUCGCCAAGAUGCUCAGUUUUGCGAACGCUCCAUCGUACAGGGCUGACUCGCAGCGAGUGCUUUUUCGUCCGAUGAAUCACACUGGAGCAGGUUCAUCUAGAUUUCAGGAUCACAAACUUCAACAGCAGAUGAAGCGCCUCGGAGUCGGAUCAGGUAGCGAAGAGGACCCCGGACAUUUGGGUGAAUUGACUUGCAACGGAACGCUUAGACGAGUCGGUUCGUCGGGUGUCUUUGUGCCGAUACCGAACGGAACCGGAUCGGUAGUCGGUGCUCCCAAUGAUGAAGAGACUGUGUCUUUUAUAGAUCUGCCGCUGGUGAGGGGCGCCGCAGCAGGCGAGAGGGUCCCCGAAAAGGGCAUCCUCAAGAAACACUACUCCGGAGGCGGCGGCGACCGGUGGGUUGCGGGCGAGUGCUGCGACUCGCAGAGCGAUAACGGGGCAGAAGACGCUCUGAGUAAUGCUGGUUUGACCCAAGCCGAGACCCUUGCCUUGAGCGAUAUGCUCUCCGGUCUUCACCGGCAUCAUCAUCGUUCUGCAAGUGGUUCCCAAACCCCGACUGCCAAUCUGCAAGGGGGUGCUGGUACGAACAGUGCCGACGUUGAGAGGGCUUUGAGAAGUCUCAAUGGGUACCACGAUGACAUCAUUGAGGCCUUGAGAGGUGCCUCUGCUCAUAGAGGCGACGUGGAACGAAGUGGCUCUCAAAGGGAUUUGCAGGAUGUCAUGAACGCCACUGGACAAUAUAUAGGUGAUCAUUCCGGGUCAGCCCAACCCAUCAGAAUAAGAAAUUUGGAGGAUCUGAUCCGCCAACUGGAGCACCACUCCGCCCGCCACGCCUUAUCGCCGAGCGGCAGCGAAAUGGACGCAGGCGUCGGAGUCGGAGGCAUGGGCGCCGAUAUGGCAGGCGACGUCGGGGGCAGAUUGGCGCCGCCUCAGGGGGGCCACAUGCACGGAGUCGUGGGACAGGGAGUUGGAGCUUACAGGGUAGAUUCGGCCGCGUGCUCGGAAUCGUCACAGGGGUAA